UGAAGAUUGAAACAUACCAGACCAACAAGAAGAUUCACCAUUUUCUCCUCCAUGAUGUUAAUGAGGCCUCGCUCCAAGAGAAAAGCCUCCUUCCCUGGCCUCUCAGCCCUGAUGUCACACACCUCCAACAUACAGAGAGACCUAAACUCCCCCAGGGGAUCCAUCUUCGCUCCCCUAUCCCUUACCGAUCCACCCAGCUGGGUGACGCUGGCCCUCUGCAAUGUAGAGCAGGGUGAGAAAGAGCUGCAGAGCCUUAGAGAACGACAGACAAGUGAGGUGGAGCAAAUUAAUCGAGAGCUUGACAACGCCAUCAUUGAGGCUCAGAGACAAGAGCGCCGACUGCUGGAAAAAGUUGAGCAGGACCACCGAAAAGCCCAGCGGCGCCUGGAGCAGGUGAAGAGGGAGAACGCUGCUGCGGUGCAUGUUGGACAGUCCCUGGUGGACCGGAAGCUCCGCAAACUGGGCCAACUGAAGGAACAGGUCCAGAGAUGGGGUGGAAGCAGUGGGGGACCCAAUAAGAACCAGCUUCAGAGGGGUGUGGCAGAAGUUACACAGCCUUGGGAAAUCUCCAUCUCCUUAAAGAGGGUCACUUUUCAGACAGGUACGCAGCUGAAGGAUGUUAGGUUAGGGGAGGUAGAAGUCCAGGAUCAAAAUCUGAACUACCCUAUUGGUGUCUGUGGUGAAACAGGGAAGAAAUGUGCUCUUCACUCAGGGGAGAUGAAGUUUGGAGACCGUGGAUCAUUUGAAGUUCGGAAGGACUUUUCAUCCGCAUCAAAUAGUGGGAGUAUGCGUGUAGGCAGGAAGCUCCGCCUGUCCACCACAGACAAGGAUGAGCCAAAGUUAUCAGUCUCAAAGCCACCACUCAGUCCCCGGCAUCGAGGAGCAUCUGAGGCAUCCAUGGAUGAGGAGCUAAACACACAUGACCAGGACCUCUUCCUGGCUAUCCCUCCAAUCUCCAGCCAAUGGGAGUCGGAAAGAGACGAACCAGGCUGUGGACAAACUGGAAACAAGAAAAGCUCCAUCCUCAAGUGUCAGAGAAAGCAAAGGACCCUGGUUCUCGUCCCCAGCGAGGAACCCUCCUGCCCUCCAGAAGGCGGCAGGUCUGAACAUAGUGACCAACCACAGACCUCUCCCAAGAACAGUCGUGGAGGACCCCAUCCCAGGUACAGCCUCCUGGACCUAUCUUCAAGACGCGCUCGCUCGCAUCAAAGCCUGUCACCCAGCAAAUCCCCCCGUGGAACACCCACUAAUGGGGCGAGUCCCCCAUCCCCGGCUGGCAGUGAGGACUGUUAUGCCGACAUCAUCAGUCCCUCUCCUAGUAACAAUGUCUCCCUGAGCCAGGAACACCGACGCGCCAUGUCGACGGCGGAUCUCUCCAGCAAGACCCGUCCCUUGAUCAAUGGGGGAAAGGGUGCUCACCUGGGAUUUAAGAGAGACAACCACCCCUGUCUAUCAUAUGCCUCCUCAACCCUGGAGCAAGGGAAUGGAUCUGAGUCUGGCGGCAGAAGCCACACAAGCUCGGAUGAAAGCGAAUCAAGAUACCAGGGAAGGAGUGUAGGUUCUAACUGUGUGAGUCGAUCUCUGUCCAUGUCGGCUAUUGACGCCAAAAGCCACCCUACAGCCAAGAAGAAACAAUCAAACAAUAGAAGGAGAGAUAAACCAGAGCCAAUCUUGAGAGACCUGGAGGAGGAAGCAGGUUCAAGUGCCUUUGAGUCAGCAAAUCUGAUCAAGCAGUUUGGAAAGCAGGGCUCGGGGCGCUCCGACUUCAACCUGCCCAGCGGGCUCCAUGCCACUGUCAAAGGGCAGCUCUUUGUGGUGGACUGUGGCAACGCCCGAAUUCAGGUGACCGACCUUCAGAAGUAUGUUGUGCAGCAGGUGUCCCCUACCGGAACUGAGAGAUCCGCCCGCAUCUGCAACUACUUUGAUGUGGCUGUGAACGACAAGGGCCUCAUUGCGCUGACCUGUGCUGCAGAGCGUGCCGUGUUGGUGUUCAGCCGUCAUGGACGCCUCCUCCAGACCUUCGGGGGUAACGUGAUAGGAUCCACCCAUGAAGAGCUAGAUGCACCCAGGGGAGUGACCGUCACCCGUCUGGACGAGUUCCUGGUGGCCGACAUCAGGCGUGGAACUCUAACUGCCCUGAUGCUGGACCCCAAGACAGGCGCCAGGCUGGAGCGCACCAUAAUCACAGGAUUCCACAGGCCCUACCUGGUGGCUGCCUGCCUGACCUCUGGGCUGAUGGCUGUGUCUGAGCGGGGCAACGAGACAGGCCGUGCGCCUUGCAUCCGAGUGCUGGAACCUGGCUGGAACACCAUCCGUGUCCUGGGGGUGUGCUCCGGCAUGGGGCCCGUCCUGGCCUGCCCCUGGGGCCUCAGCAUUGACAGUGAUGGGGAUAUUCUGGUGGCAGACUGGGGCAGGUUGCAUCGUGUCCUGCUGUACCCUGCCAAGGGCCUAGGCUGGCCUCUUGUAACCCAGGGACUGAGCAGCCCCCGAGGCCUGGCUCUGCUGCCGGAGGGCCAGCUAGGGGUGUCAGACAGCAUGAACCACUGUAUCAAGAUCUACCAAUACAAAUCAGGCAUUGGAGGGGUGAAGUUGUCAAUAUGAGGAUGGAAAGAUGAAGAUGAUGAAGAAGUAGGCAUUCACUAGUGAACACCGAUGCAGAUUUCAGUAAAUAACAACUACUUUGCCAUAAUCCUAGAUCCUGUUGAGAAUUUCAUGUUCUUCUAGAAAAAGUGAAUCAUAAGUUACAAUGUAGGGUAAAAAUUGUGAAAGAAGACACUGUAUAUAGUUGUAGAGAACAGUAGAGAAGGUUACAUCUUUAAUACCACAAAGGACAAUUUAAUUUGCAGCAAAUGUUUUAGCUUGUGUGGAAGGACCACCAGAGGGCAGGCUGGGCUCACAGAUGGUAGCCCAACAAGGCAUGGAAGACAAGGUAACCAGAGGCAAUUAAGCACAGCUGACACUACUAAUGAGAUAUUCUCCUUCCCCUAUAAGAGAGAGUAUGGAACCAGCAGAGAGGGGGAAGAACUGUCUCUGGAAGAUGGCCACCGAGACAGAGGAGCGAUCGAUGAAGAACCAUUAAGACGGUGACAAUCCCGUGACUUUUGUUGUAGUUUAAAGACAAUCGUAUUGUGUUCCUGUUUGAUCUGGCGAAGAAGAUUUUCAUUGAUUAUGUUGGAGUGUUUGUGUUGACCAAAUGCCCUCAAUAUAGAACUGUGUUCAAUCA